CUAAGACUCAUCAUUAUAUUGAAUGUACAUCUAUGAUUGCUACAACUGCACAACUGAUCAUAACAACAAAUUACCAAAUCACUAAGACUCAUCAUUAUAUUGAAUGUACAUACUUGAUUGCUACAGCUGCACAACUGAUCAUAACAACAAAUUACCAAAUCACUAAGACACAUCAUUAUAUUGAAUGUACAUCUAUGAUUGCUACAGCUGCACAACUGAUCAUAACAACAAAUUACCAAAUCACUAAGACUCAUCAUUAUAUUGAAUGUACAUCUAUGAUUGCUACAGCUGCACAACUGAUCAUAACAACAAAUUACCAAAUCACUAAGACUCAUCAUUAUAUUGAAUGUACAUCUAUGAUUGCUACAGCUGCACAACUGAUCAUAACAACAAAUUACCAAAUCACUAAGACUCAUCAUUAUAUUGAAUGUACAUCUAUGAUUGCUACAGCUGCACAACUGAUCAUAACAACAAAUUACCAAAUCACUAAGACUCAUCAUUAUAUUGAAUGUACAUCUAUGAUUGCUACAGCUGCACAACUGAUCAUAACAACAAAUUACCAAAUCACUAAGACUCAUCAUUAUAUUGAAUGUACAUCUAUGAUUGCUACAGCUGCAC